AUGGACGAGUACAAUAGCAACCUCCGAGGGAUGGAAUUGAAAUCUUUUGCGGAUCGUGUGGCUGCUGCGAAUGUCCUCCAUGAGUACAAUACCUUAAGCCGGUGCACUAGGGUUUCGGUUGAGGGAUACGACACAUCCCUUCAUCCUGAUGCUAUCAGAGCGGCAUUGAUGGAUCAUUUCCGUUCAUGUGGACAAAUCUGCGAUGUCGAUAUUCCCACAGACCUUAAAACCCAUGCCGUCAUCGACAGAGUUGGUUUCAUAUAUUUUCGGGAAGAAGGCGCGCAAGAGAAGGCGGUGGCGCUUAGUGGAAGUGACGUGGGAGGAUGGAAUGUAAUUGUUAAGGCUUUACCAAAAAAAGUGUGCGAUCCCUCUGGGUUUUUGGUUACGGGAUAUGACACUUCGCUUGAUGAGGAUUAUGUUAAGAGUGCAUUGUUUGAACAUUUCCGUUCAUGUGGAGAGAUCGUAUAUGUGAGUAUCGAGCGAGAAUAUCGUCAACCAAGUCUUCUCAGCAGGUACGGUUUUAUUUCGAUAUUGGGAGAUGGCGCAUUAGAGAAGGCUCUUGGACUUAGUGGAAGUGACUUGGGAGGAUGGAAGGACCAACAUUCUGAGGUUCUGCGAGCGGGAAGCUCGACUUUUCAGGCAUAUAUUCUAAGGGCGGAAAUCCCUUAUUUGACAUCCUCAAAUUCUUUUACUUCCAAAGAACAAGCUUCUUCUCAGCUUGACCAUUCAGCUUAG